AUGGCUUCAACUCCAGCCACAAGUUCAUGUGGUGACAACCACUUUGGCCCCAUCCUUUCUACAGCAGACUGUCGCAGUGGCUUCGAUUUCACAGUGGCUUUCGAAUCCAGUAUUCUGAGCAUCUUACCGGCGGCUUGUUUCCUCUUACUGGCUAUUUUUCGUUUAUUUCAGUUGUCUAAGGAGUCACCCAAAGUGCUCUCUUCUGCAUUUCGUGUAGCAACACUGGUUCUCUCUGUGACUUUCUCAGCCAUUCAGGUUGGAUUGCUGGUACUUGUUGCAACACAGCAUCCUGCCGGAGGGCGCAUUCUGCUUGCAAGUGCUAUCCUUGAUCUCAUAUCCGCCCUGGUUGUUAUAGCCCUUGUUGAUCUCGAGCAUUUCCGAUCCAUCCGGCCAUCAUUUCUUGCCUCUGCCUAUUUGUUCCUGACGAUUAUCCUGGAUCUUGCACGCGCGCGCACGGCCUGGUUGCUACCUGGCUCCCGUGCCUAUCCAGCUUGCCUGUCCACAUCUUUAGCCGUUAAGUUACUUCUGUUGGUACUGAUCAAUACCAAAAAGCACAAAUGGUUCAUGCAGUCUGAGAAACACCAUUCGACCGAGACCUUGAGCGGACCUUUUAGUCGGGGCUUAUUUAUUUGGUUAAAUGGCCUGCUAUGGAAAGGGCAUUCUAUGUUACUGACCGGAGAUACUCUGCCUAUUGUUCACAGCAAACUCCUAUCCUCAGAAUUGGCUGAUCGAUUCUUAGACUCGUGGGCUCGUCACAGAGAGAGUGGAAAGAAUGCACUGCUGUUGUCGGUCAUCAAAUGUCUGCGCUGGGAAAUUGCGACAAUCGCCCUUCCCCGGCUUUGUGUCGUGGGAUUUGGUAUUGCCCAGCCUUUUCUAAUUGGAAAAGUUGUCUCUGCCUUGCAGCAGACCGACCCAUCGGCGCAGAAAAUGGGUUACGGCUUAAUUGGAGCAACCGCAAUUAUCUUUACCGGGAUUGCUGUAUCAAAAGCUGCAUAUGAGCAUCUAGGAUAUCGAGCCACAACUAUGCUCCGUGGUGGUCUCAUGGCUCUUGUCUUCCAACACAUGAUCAGUCUACCACUAGCAAGCACCGACGAAUCUAGUGCUAUGGCUCUUUUUGGCUCCGACAUCGAGAUGCUCGCUGAAUACUUCUAUUCAGUGGUUUGCGAGACAUGGGCUAACGUGCUACAGCUGGCACUAGCUACUUGGCUGUUACAAACCCAAGUUGGUGCUGUCUGCAUUGCUCCUAUCUUGGUUGCGACAAUCUUCAUAGCAUCCUCAUUUUCCAUGGGCAGCGCGAUCUCUGUUCGACAGAAACAUUGGCUUGGUGCUACUGAGAAGCGUAUCAACUUCACAACUUCCAUCCUGGGAUCUAUUCGCAACGUGAAAGUCCUCGGAUUGACCAGGACCAUGAGUUCUAUGAUUGAGGGACUGCGUACGGAAGAGCUUGAGACUUCCAAAAAGUUUCGCAGGCUCCAGUCUCUUCGCAUAUGCAUGGUCAAUUCUCCCAUAAUUGUUGGCCAGCUUGUGACAUUCGCUGCCUACGCUAUUUUGUCGUUGGUGCAGGGCUCCGGGGGUCUUCCAGUCAGCAAAGCUAUCACAUCGCUUUCGCUCAUAAGCUUGAUGAUCACCCCGCUCAGUUAUCUUUUGAUGGCGAUUCCUGACACAUAUGCAUCUAUAGGUUGUUUGGACAGGAUACAAGAGUUUCUAAUGAAUCCCAGCCGUCUUGACAAGAGACAGCUUCCGCAGACAAUUUCAUCUCACUCAACAACUAGCAAUGUUUCUAGCAUUGAGUUAUCACCACUUCCAAAAAGUGCCAGCAUGGCGAAUGAAGUGAUUCUGUCACUGAGAAAUGUCCGUUUUGGCUGGAACCCUUUCUCCUUACCAGAGACACCUGGUAUUACACUUAAAGUCGAAUAUAUACCCACUGGUACCGUCAUCAUGGUUGUCGGUUCAGUAGGAUGCGGCAAGUCCACCUUCUUGAAGGGCCUCGCAGGUGAAACACCCGUGUUGGAAGGUGAGCUUUUCAUGAAAUACCCGGACAUGGCAUUCUGCGACGAAACGCCAUGGCUAUCCAAUGCAUCGAUACGCGAGAACAUUGUUGGAGAAGAUCCAUCUGCAUUUGAUUCAGAAUGGUAUCAAGCUGUUAUAAGCGCAUGUGCACUAGAUCUGGAUCUCAAAAAGAUGGUAGCAGGUGACAAGACAAGCGUGGGCAGCAAAGGAUCCAAGCUCAGUGGAGGACAGCGACAAAGAAUCGCUAUCGCGCGAGCUGUUUAUGCUCGAAAACGGAUUGCUUGCUUCGACGAUGUUUUCAGUGGUCUAGAUAAUGCGACUGCUAGACAUGUCUUCAACAAUGUGUUUGGUCAGACUGGACUGCUACGUCGAGUUGGGUGUAUGGUGUUUUUGGUAUCCCACACUAUUCACCAUUUGUCCCAGGCUGAUUUGGUCAUGAUUCUCGGGGAAAAUGGUCAAGUCUUCAAACAGGGCAGCUACGCUGAGAUACGAGACAGCACUGAGAGCCUAGCCCAGAUACAUUGUGUCCAACCCCUGAAGCCAGACCAUGACGAGAUGGAAAAAAUUGAUGAGCUAGCCACACCUGAUGAUCUGGUAGAUCCAACCAGCCCUCUUGUCACAGAUGGAAAGCGGCAGACGACCGACCUUUCUGUUUACAAUUAUUACUUCUCUGCCCUGGGCUGGGCACGGAUUGCUGCGUUGGUCCUUUUCCUAGUCAGCGAAUCGGGCAUAAGUGGGUUUCGAUAUGUAUGGAUCAACCUUUGGUCUUCCAGCAGUGAUAACAACACAGCCUCACGUCUGGGCUAUUGGCUUGGAUUAUACGGAGCAUUCUCUGUCAUCCAGGCAUCUUCUCUCGCACUUGCGGUGUUCUGGACUUGGGUUUUCAUUGUACCCGCCGCUUCCAAAAGUCUUCAUUCAACUGUUUUACAUGCCUGCAUGGGUGCUCCGUUAUCGUUCCUGUCAAACGUCGAUACUGGAGUUCUGGUGACUCGCUUUAGUCAAGACAUGAGGCUGGUUGAUAUGGUGCUUCCUCGAGGCUUUAUCUCCACGGGGUUUCAGAUUUUUGAUGUCAUUGCCCAAAGCGCCAUUGCGAUAGCUUCGCUACCCAACUUAGCAGCGAUUUUGCCGUUCAUAAUUGGGGUGCUGGUCCUUAUUCAGCGGUUUUAUCUUAGGACAUCACGUCAACUACGACUUUUGGAAAUCGAGCUCAAGAGUCCUCUUUACACCCAUUUUAUCGAGUCACUAGCAGGAGUCAUUACUAUCCGUGCCUUUUCCUGGACCCACGCCACCACAUGUCGAAUGAUAUCCAUGCUCGACACCGCCCAAAGACCUUACUAUCUCCUCUUAUGCAUUCAACGCUGGCUAAGUCUCGUGCUCAACCUGAUAGUAGCCGGUAUAACCGUCCUUCUUGUCGGGUUAUCUUUCGCUCUCCGUACUCGUGUUGACGCUGGCCUUUUGGGAAUUGCCCUUGUCUUGAUGUUAGACCUAGGAAUCGUUCUAUCGGAGCUCAUCCAGAACUGGACUCUUCUCGAGACAUCACUGGGCGCCAUUUCACGCAUCAAGGAAUUUGCCGAAGAAACACCCAAUGAAGAAAGCAAUGCAGUCCAGAGCUAUGGUAAGCUCUCACAAUGGCCGCCUUAUGGUGAAAUCGAAUUUGUCGACGCGAACAUUUCUUGGAAUGUCUCCGAGACAAAGCCUUUGCUUAAUGGUAUCAAUCUGAAGAUAUCUGCUGGGAAAAAGUUUGGUCUUUGCGGAAGAACUGGAAGUGGCAAAAGUACAUUGGCACUGUCUAUUCUUCGUCUGAACGAGAUCAAUUCGGGCCAAAUCCUCAUAGAUGGACAAGAUAUUGCUCUUGUCUCCCGGCCAUCAAUCCGAGAGCGCAUCAGCUGUCUAAGCCAAGAGCCGUUCCUGUUCCCCGGCACCAUCAGACAGAAUGCUGACCCGCUGAAUACAGCUUCAAGUAUGCAAAUAAUGGACGCGUUGAAUUCUGUUGGCGUUUGGGACUCUUUUGCAGCAAGUCUUGGUAACACGGAGGAUAUUUUGGAUUCAGUCUUUAAUGAAAGUGUUCUAUCACAGGGUCAGAAGCAGCUAUUUUGUCUGGCUAGAGCUCUCCUGAAGAGGAGCAAGAUACUUAUCUUGGAUGAGCCCACAAGCAGUUUGGACCCGAAAACGGAUGCCAAGGUCCAAAGGGUCAUACGGGAGUCAUUCCAUGACUGCACUGUCAUCAUGGUGGCGCACCGAAUCCACAGUCUCCUUGACUUCGAUCAAGUUGCUGUUUUGGCUGGUGGUCAACUGUUGGAAGUGGGACCUCCACGGGAGUUGUUAAAUAAAGCGGGAGGGGAGUUUGCAAGAUUGCUGGAUCUGGAGUCCUAG